AUGGCGGAACCGGAGCAUGAUCGGGUGCUACCUACAUCUGAAAAUUUGAAUGGAUCUAUCCAGAUCCCUACUGAGAAAGAAAUCAAGGAGCGAGAGCCUGAGGUGAAAGAUGGCAAGGAGAAGGAGAAGGACAAGGACGUGAAGGAGUCGGAGACUACGAAGCCCGUCUGCAAAAAGCACGAGAAGAAAAAGAAGAAGGCCACCAAGAGAGAGGAGUCUGAAACGUCGGGGACUGACUCGUCCUCCAACUCCGACAGUGACGCUGACUCCGAGUCGAAUUCGGACAGCGAGUCGAGCACCGACAAGCGCAGACGUCAUCGCCUGCGCGCCAAAACACGGGCUCGCCGUACACUCAAAGACAAGAAGCGUCGCAAGAAGAAAUCCCGGUCGCGCAAGGUCGACACUUCCGACUCGGAGUCGGACUCGGAAUCUGAGUCUGACACUGACACUUCGGUGGAAUCGGAUGAAUCUCUGGACGAAAAGGCACUGAGGAAAUUGGUCACCAAGUUGAAGCUCAAGAAGCGAGCGAAGAAGCUCCGGGACCAGACUUCCGAUGACUUGACUCCUAGUGAUCCACUGGGAGAUGGUCGUCAGAAGCGCUCGAAGAAGAAGAAGCCCGCUUCCAAGGUCGCCUACAAGCGAGUCGAUCAACUAUGGGAUACAACGAUCCACAAAUACAAGCUGACUGAAACGGUCGACGACCCGGAUGCUGACGAAUGGGACCAAUACAUCUUCAACGUCCGUCGCAAGUUCAACUGGGAAAACAAAUAUCUCGAAACGGUCGUCGACAUCAAAAGCAAACACCUCCGCGAUGCCCUCUCCAAAAUUAUGGACGGCGUCAAAGGUGUGAGUCUCGUCCAAGAGCCUGCCGUCGUGGAUCCAAACAUGCUCUUCCUCUACCUCGAGGAGACCCGGCAAUACAUGAAAGAUCUGAAGAAGCAGUCCCGCAACGCGAAGAAGCGCAAAACCCGCAAGACAGCCGCUGCAAAGGCUGCCCAUCUGAAGGUUCUGAUCAAGUACCUCGACACAGACUAUGCGGAUAUCAAGAAAACGCUUUACCCUCUCCUCGAAGCUAACACCAUUACUUUCGAUCUUCUUUGGGCCCUUUUCAAGCCCAACACCAUCGCUUACACCCCGACUUACGGCAACGCCGAUGAGCCGCGCGCUUUCAAGAUCGAGUAUGCCGUCAAGGAAUCUUCCUUCAUGAAGGGUCAAUGGUAUAGCGUCGAAGGUCGCUAUUUGGAGUACGAUGGCAAGGACUUCGGUUUCGGCAGUAUGUCUGCCGAAGUUGAAUCUUUCAAGGGCGCUCGCAAGAUCACCUCACUUGCCUGUUAUCCCCUCAAAUACCAUCGUGAUGCAGAUGCCUUGCGUGCCAGGCUGAUCGAGCGUGGUAAGCGAUUUGUUGCCCUGCGUGGCAUGAACUACCGCUUCCACAAAGGCAUGGCGUUCUACAAGAAAAAGCGAUCUUUCAUCAUCAAGGUCAAUAUCAAUGGUCGUGUCAUGAUCGAUCCAGCUAUUCACCGACGAAUCAAUCCCAAUUACAUCAUUUCGACCGUUCGUCCGAAGGACCCCGAUCUUUUGGAUUCGGACGACCUGGGCCUGAGCGACAACGACGAUGACAGUGAGGGUUGCUGCUGUGGUGGCUCUGACUCAGAGGACGAGCAUGCUGGAGCUUCGGAUACCCCGCGAACCGUUUACAAGGUCGUUGAGGAUGCAGAGGGCUUGCCUCGCGUUGUCGAAGUGGAGGUUGAUGAGAACGGCAACGAAAUCCAAAAGGAGAAGAUUGAUCGCAUUGGUGACGGGACCAAGGAGCGCGAGUUCACGGAAGAAGAGCUCCUCGUUGCCAGCCCUGUGGUCCUUGGCUUUGCUUUCAGUGAGAAGCUCUGGUUGGAGUUCACCAUCUCCGGUAUCAGUGAUAUCGAAUGGGACCAGGACGCCUUUGGAUCUCUCGUUCUGCCUACGAAUCAGAAAUCUAUCGUCAAGGCUCUUGUCGAAUCCCAUACCUUCCAUGCCGCGGAGAACAUCGACGAUGUCAUCCAGGGCAAGGGUAAAGGUCUGGUUGCUGUUCUGCAUGGCCCUCCCGGAACAGGAAAGACACUCACUGCAGAAGGCAUUGCGGAGCUUCUCCGCCGCCCUCUGUACAUGGUCAGCGCAGGCGAGCUGGGCACUGAUUCAAGAACACUUGAAGCCGAGCUGAACAAAAUCUUGGAUAUCGCUCACUCCUGGGGUGCGGUUCUGCUUCUCGAUGAAGCAGAUGUCUUCCUUGAGAAACGUACUAUCCAUGACAUCCAUCGCAAUGCCCUGGUCAGCAUCUUCCUGAGACUUCUCGAGUACUUCCAGGGUAUUCUCUUCCUCACGACGAAUCGCGUCGAGACAUUUGAUGAUGCCUUCCAAUCACGUAUCCACGUUGCCUUGCGGUACGGCGAUCUGACCACCAAGGCAAAGAGAAGUAUUUGGAAGAUGUUCUUGGAACGCGUUCGUGCUAUUGAGGGCGUGCGCACUGCUACAUUCUCUGAGGCUGAUUACGAUAUGCUUUCGCGGCAUACUUUGAACGGUCGACAGAUCAAAAAUUCUGUUCGUACCGCUCAAGCUCUGGCUGUCAACGAGAAGUCUCCUUUGGCGAUGGAGCACAUCAAGCGGGUGCUUGAAGUGGCCGAAACCUUUGACCAAGAUCUUCGUGGUGGAACAGGAUACCUGGAUGCUAUGCGGAGCUACACUUGA